AUGAGAGUCUUUCUCGAGAAUAUAGACAUUGGUUCAACCCUCACCCUCGACGCCUCUGGCCCUUUGCCAGAAGGCACCCACAGCAAAAGCACAAAAUAUCUAAAACAACUCUGCAAAACAGACACCGCAGUGAAGCGGGACCUGCUGAUCAAGGCGGGGAGCUUUAAGGUGGCCACCCAGGAGAGGAACCACCAGAGAGCCCAGAUGAGGCUACGGAGGCAGAAGGUGGGUGUAGUCCCCUUCCUGGGGGAUUUUCUGACUGUGUUACAGAGGUUGGAUUCGGCCAUCCCGGACGAUCUGGAUGGCAACAUCAACAAGAAGAGGAAGGAGGCCCGAGUUCUGCAGGAAAUGCAGCUGCUCCAAGUGGCUGCCAUGAAUUACAGGCUUCGGCCUCUUGAGAAAUUUGUCACCUAUUUCAAAAGAAUGGAGCAGCUCAGUGACAAGGAGAGGCUGCACUGCAGUGUCGCCAUCUCUGCUCACUGCAACGUCUGCCUCCUGGCCUCAAGACCUUUCUCAGCCUCCCAAGCAGCUGGGACUACUGCGGUACACCACCAUGUCCUGUUGUUCUGCUGUUGUUGUUCUGCUACAAGCUUUCCUGCCAGCUGGAGCCCAAAUCCCAGUAGGCCAGCAACAUCCUGCAGUGGCUGGGACCCCACCGGGAUGUUGGCCAGAACACCAGCUCUGCACCAUCCUUCACCCAGACCGUGACACCAGGGAACCACAUCUAGGAGGCUGGCAGCUCAGCUGCAUCCGGCCCCUGCUCCUUAACACCAGCUGCUCCUGCUGGCCAGGAUCAGGCCAUGGGUCUUUUGCGAGUCAGGCGGGAGACUAUUUUAUGUUUACUUUCUUUAGUGUAUAAGUAAGGGUUUCUUUUUUUCUAAGCUUUCAUUAAAAUAAAAUUUUAAAA